AUGAUAAACCUUGUAAAGAGAACUAAGCCAACAAGAGUUUUCAACUAUUUUGUCAAUUUGAACACACAAUUUUAUAUACAUGGAAAAGAAUACAAGAGUUACUUUUCAACCUAUGAAAAAGGUUUAGAGCAAGAGCAAAAAGAAAAUAACAACAAUGAGAGAGAAAAAAUGAACUGCAUUAAUAUUGUCGAAAAGGAGAGUAAUAAUUUAGAACGAGGUUGUUAUAAAAAGAAGUAUAUAUCGUCUAAAGAAAAGAAAUUGAUUUAUUUAGAAAAUACAAAAAAAAAUAGUAUGCAUAAAUUAAAUAUAGAAAUAGAUGAAGCUAAUUAUGAGGAGUUGUUAAAAUAUAAAAAUAUAAAAAAUGUAAUUUUAAUGAAAAAUAAAAAAGAUAUAUUAAAAUAUUUAAACAGUUAUGUAUUAAAUAAUAAUAAAGCUAAGUAUUAUAUUUUAAGAUUGAUAAUGUUUACAAUAGCUAGUCAAAUAAAUCAAUACAAAAUUAAUGAACUAAUAUAUAUAUUACACACAUUUAAAGAGAAAAAUUUUUUAAAUCCAUUUAUAAUAUUACAUAUAUCAAAUAGAAUAUCAACAAAUGACGAACUUAUUAAACAAAUAAAUAUUAAUGAAUUUGUUUUUUUAUUAGACAUUUUAAAUAUUCCAUUAUUAAUAUCAAAUAAAUUUAUACAAUUUGUUCAAAAUUUUAUAAAUAAAAAUAUAGACAAUUUUUCAUUUACUGAUUUUUUUAUUAUAGCAUAUUUUUUAGCUAAAAAUAAUUUAUAUAAUGAAUAUAUUUUUAAUACUAUAGAAUUUUUUUAUAAAAAAUUUGGAAACCAUUUAUUUUCAAAAGUUUUACAAGAGGAGAGUUGCUCGGUUAAGUCUGGUUAUAUUUGUGACAACGAUCAGAAUUUAAUUGGUGAGCUAGCUUGUGAAGAGAAAGGGAUAUUAAAAAAGAUAUCAGCUAACCUUUUUAAACAAGCUCCUAAACAUUUAUUUAUUUUGUCAAAAUAUGGAUAUAGAAAUGUGUGUAUAUAUAAGAAUAUUUAUAAAAUAAUUACUUUGAAAUGCUAUUUUUAUAAACCUACUGAAAUAAGUUCUAUAUUAAAAUCAGCAAAAAAUAUAAAUUUAUUUAACAUUUUUUUAUUUAAAAAAUUAACUGAAUGUAUAACAAAAAAUUUAAGUCAAUAUAAAAUAUGUAUAUUAUUAGAUUGUUUGAAUUGUUUGUCUUUUUUUAAUUAUAAAGAUAAUAAAUUAAUAACAAAAAUAUUAGUAACAUUACCAAGAACUAUACAAAAUUAUACUUCAAAUGAUUUUGUUAAAUUAGUAUAUUUUUUAGAUAAUUUUAUUACUUUUUCAAAAUAUUUUAUACUAUUUUUUAAUCAACAGAUUCUAUAUUUUUCAUCAUCUCUUGGUAUAAACCAUUUAAUCACAUUAUUAAAAAUUUCAACUCAUCAAAAUUUUAUAUCACCACCUAUUUUUUAUUUAUUAAAUAUUAAAUUGACAAGUUUUAUUUUACACACAAAAGUUAUGACCUCAAAUCAUGAGCAUAAUAUAAAACAACUCUCUUUUAUUCAUGAUAAUAAAUGUCAUACAAUAUAUAAGGACAAUACAAAAAAAUAUAUUAAUGAAAUAAAUUUAAAAAAUGUUUUAGAUAUUUUUAAUUUAGCAUAUUUCAUAUCUGCUUUCCCCUCAGAUUUAUUUCAAAAAAGUUUAGAGUUUGUAUUUAUGAUAUAUAACAAGUUUGAACAAUUAAGCUUAGAAGAGUUAAAAGACAUAACAAAUAUUUCCAACUAUUUUAUUUUAAUUCAUAAGGAUUAUAACCAUUUUUGUAAACAUGACUUAUAUUUAAAUUUAAGAAAAUUUUUUGAUUUUAUAUAUUCUGAAUUGUUCAGAAAAAUUGAAGACACACAAAAUACGAGUGAUCAGUUACUAUAUCAUGACAAGCCGUCAAUCACUGAAAAUUGGGAAGAUAAUUAUUCAUGUAAUAAGGACGAACUUAUAGUUUCUCUAAGACUGAUAAAUAAUAUUGAUGAAAUAAAAGUUAUGCACAACAAUAAACCUUUGGUAUGUAAAAAUAAAUUAAAUGAAACAGCAGAGUAUAUAAACAUUUUAGAAACAAUUAUAAUAACAUUUCUUUUUGAAUUAAUGUAUCAACAUUUAAAGAAAAAAAAUAUAAAUAAAUAUAUAUAUAUAUAUUUUUACAAUCUCUACAUUAAAUAUAUAAAAUGUUUAUUUUUCAACAAAAAUAGUUUCAUACCUAGUUAUACUAAAACAAGCAACCAUUGUUUAUUUUUAAUUAAAAAACUUCUUCCUAUAAUAUAUUCUCUAGAUUUUAAAAAAUAUAUUAAGCCAAAUCCAUAUCAUAUGUCUACAUAUACAUUGAGGCCAUUCCAAAAUGAAGAUAAGGAUUUACUUAAAAGUUGUCAUAAAAAAAGAGAAACACUAUACCAUCACCAAAUAAUUAGAGAAAUCUAUGAUCUGUUGAAAAGUUUAAAGCACAAUAAUUAUAAAUUUAAAUUUAUUAAUAAGAAACAUGGUGAAAGAAAUUCAAUUUUCAUAUAUACCGAUUAUAUAUAUGUAAAAAAUAUUAAAACACAAAAGAAAAUAGCUAUUUUAUUCGCGACACAAAAUUAUUAUUACACACCAGUUGAUGAACUAAAAAUCAGUUUUAAUUCAGUUGACGAUUCAAAAUCUUUUGAAAAAAAAUCUUUAACUAAGUUGGCACAAAUACAGUUGGAAUAUUUUAAUCUGUUUUUUUCUACCGUCCAUUUAGUCCCAUUUUAUUUAUGGAGAAAAAUGACUUUGAAUGAGCAAAAAAAAUAUUUCCUAACUUUCUUAGAAUAUAAUGAAAAGCCAAUCUCUUAA